ACUUGGGUGUUUGGGGCGGGUCCGAGGCCGGAAAUGCGUGGGCUGCCGGGCUGGCCCAGCUUAGGGUUUUCAGGAAAUUUGGAAGUUGUGGCGGUAGUUGGAUUGUAAGGACUCUUGUGACAAUCUUUGGGUGCCCUCCGAGAGAAAAGCGGAGGCUGGAGUGCAUGGCGUGGUCACGGCUCGCUGCAGCCUCAACUUCCUUGGUUCAGGUGAUCCUCCCACCUCAGCCUCCGGAGCAGCUAGAACUACAGGAUGCCACUGGAGUCAUCUUCCUCUUCAAUGCCACUAUCCUGCCGGUCUCUCUUACCCUCAAUACCACACAACACUAACCCUUCCCCUCCUCCAAUGUCUUACAUCACCUCCCAAGAGAUGAAGUGUGUUCUUCACUGGUUUGCCAAUUGGUCAGGUCCCCAGCGUGAACGUUUCCUAGAGGACCUAGUAGCUAAGGCAGUGCCAGGAAAAUUACAGCCACUGCUGAAUAGUCUGGAGCAGCUUAGUGUGUCUGGGGCAAACCGACCACCUUCUAUCUUUGAGUGCCAGCUAUAUCUUUGGGAUCAGUGGUUUCGAGGCUGGGCUGAGCAGGAGCGCAAUGAAUUUGUCAGACAGCUGGAGUUCAGUGAGCCAGACUUUGUGGCAAAAUUUUACCAAGCAGUGGCUGCUACAGCUGGUAAGGACUGAUAGGCAUUCAGACCAAAGAAGAUAACCAUAGCUGAGCCAAGACUCUAUGUAUAUGUUACAAGGCCAUGACUCUGCAAUGAGAACUCAAUUCAAAUGUGUCACCUAAAGGACUGGAACUGGUAUUCCGACCAACUGACUGAACUCAUUGACCAGUACAGGCAUAGUUAUUUCAACACUAAUAGCAUGUCAAUGGGACUCCUACUUGUAAAUGUUAUCAAUCUAAGCAAUCCAGCUCAUCGGUCUACUAGUUUGCUUCUUUUCAAGAGAUGUCAAAUCUUCAAGAAUUUGAUGGCUUCUUCUGCAACUAUAACCAAAAGGAACCUACACAUUAUAACUCAAGCCCACUGCUUGCUUAUGAAGUGUGUAAAAUAGAACCCUCCUUCCCCAGAAAUAAGACAGGACAAUAAAAGGUGGUACUUUUAUACUUUAA